GGGUUAAUGUCAUGGUAGAUGAAACCGGUAAAAACUUCAAGGCAAGAAUUCUUCCUUAAAGAACAUUUUAUUAGGAAACAUGACAGUAUGAAGCUAUUCUACGAUAAAUGACGGACUUACUGCAUUUUGCCUAUGGUCCUUGACGGUGCCUACCGUACUAAAAACACACAGAUAAAAAAGAAGAUACCAAUUUCCCAGGCUCUGAACCUGAACUACUUCGCAGCACUUUCUGCUUUCGGCGUCGCAGAUAUCCGCCAGGGGGCGAGAGGUCCUGCCGAGUUCGUGUCAAAGUCACAUGAAUCCAACGUUGGAACGCGUCCUCGAGUGACCCUGGCUCGGCUCUUGCACUGGAAGAAACCUCAUGGCGUCUCUGGCUGUUGUUCCCACAGUAGCCGGAGAAGGAGCCGUCGCAGCCGCCACCACCUCCCAGUCCGGUGCAAGGGGAAAGAGCUGGUGCUCUGUAUAAAAGACUAUUUUUAAAAAAUGAUAUUACAAAAUGGAUUUUGAAAAGUUGCCAAGGUUUUCAUGAUGGAAUUUAAGUUUACACAAGAACGACUAUGUGUUUUAAGUCAAUGCUGAUGAUACUUUCUACAUCCUGGUGUGGUGGUCUUGAAUUUUUGCUCGAAAGCAACAUAAAAUGGAUCUGAAGGAAAGCUGUCCAAGUGUUAGCAUCCCUAGCUCUGAUGAACACAGAGUGAAGAAAAAAAGAUUUACUGUCUACAAAGUCUUGGUUUCAGUUGGCUCUAAUGAAUGGUUUGUCUUCAGGCGAUAUGCUGAGUUUGACAAGCUAUAUAAUACACUAAAGAAACAAUUUCCCACAAUGAAUUUGAAAAUUCCUGCUAAGAGAAUAUUUGGAGAUAAUUUUGAUCCUGAUUUUAUUAAACAAAGAAGAGCAGGAUUGAAUGAAUUCAUUCAGAAUUUAGUACGACAGCCUGAGCUUUGCAAUCAUCCAGAUGUAAGAUCAUUUCUUCAGAUGGACAAUCCAAAGCAUCAAUACGAUCCAUCUGAAGAUGAGGAUGAAAGAAACAGUCAAAAGCUAAAUUCUACCUCACAGAACAUCAACUUGGGGCCAUCUGGAAAUCCUCAUGCUAAACCAACAGACUUUGACUUCCUGAAAAUUAUUGGGAAGGGCAGCUUUGGUAAGGUUCUUCUUGCAAAACGAAAAUGGGAUGGAAAGUUCUAUGCUGUUAAAGUGCUGCAGAAGAAAAUUGUCCUAAACAGGAAAGAGCAAAAACAUAUCAUGGCUGAACGCAAUGUGCUAUUGAAAAAUGUGAAACAUCCAUUCUUAGUUGGAUUGCAUUAUUCAUUCCAAACCAUAGAGAAGCUGUACUUUGUUCUGGAUUUUGUUAAUGGAGGAGAGCUCUUCUUUCACUUACAAAAAGAACGCACCUUUCCUGAACACAGAGCCAAGUUUUAUGCUGCUGAAAUAGCCAGUGCACUGGGCUACUUGCACUCCAUAAAAAUUGUAUACAGGGAUCUGAAACCAGAAAAUAUUCUUCUAGAUUCAUUGGGGCAUGUUGUCUUAACAGAUUUUGGACUCUGUAAAGAAGGAAUUGCAACUUCAGAUACUACUGCAACGUUUUGUGGAACUCCAGAGUACCUGGCUCCAGAAGUAAUCAGAAAGCAACCCUACGAUAACACUGUAGACUGGUGGUGUCUUGGAGCUGUUUUGUAUGAAAUGCUAUAUGGUCUGCCACCCUUUUACUGCCGUGAUGUUGCUGAGAUGUAUGAAAGCAUUCUUCAUAAACCUCUCCAUUUAAGGCCAGGUGUCAGUCUUACAGCUUGGUCUAUUUUGGAAGAACUUUUGGAGAAGGAAAGACAGAACAGACUUGGAGCUAAAGAAGAUUUUCUUGAAAUUCAAAGGCAUCCCUUCUUUGAAUCUGUCAGUUGGAAUGACCUUUUACAAAAAAAGAUUCCACCACCAUUUAAUCCUAAUGUGUUUGGUCCAGAUGACAUCAGGAACUUUGAUGCAACAUUUACAGAAGAGAUGGUACCCUGCUCAAUUUGCAUUUCUUCUGAUUAUAAUAUUGUAAAUGCUAGUGUACUAGAAGCAGAUGAUGCAUUCAUUGGAUUUUCUUAUGCACCACCUUCUGAAGACUUAUUUCAUUAAGCUGAAGAUUGGAACAUUGGAAGCUGUUUCUAAAGGACUAAUGAAAUUAUAUGAUUAUAAACAGUUUCUGAAAUAUCUGCUACAAGUGCCUCAUUUAAUCUGUUGAAGAACAAACUUUUUCUGCUGUAUUAUGAGGAUAAUGGGCAUUUUGCAUUACAUUUUUAGACUGUUAAACAUGCUGCACAAAAAUAUUUUUAAAAAUGCAUUUAAAUAAAAGUUCCUAACCUUGAAACUUUUAAAACUAAGAUAAUAACUGUUUUUCAUUCAGUUUACAUUAACCUAUCUAUUUGGCUCUCUUUAUGAUCAGCACACCUAUUUAAUGGGCUUUGUAAUUAUAUUGAACUUCUAUGCUUGAAAUACUACUAUGCAAUUAUUUUGUAAACUCCUGUUUAAAAAAUAAGCUUAACUACCAUUUCUUUACUUAACUGGCAAUAAUCAUACUACUAUACUAACUAGAAGAAAUAAUAUAUACAGUAUCACUCAAUUUAAUGUAAAUGUGUGCCAUUGUAAAUCAUGAUGGGCAUAUAAAUGAAGUCAUUUGUCACUUAAGUGUUUGAUUCAUUCCAGUUACCAAACACAGGAAUGUAUUUUCUAACUGAAAUAAUGUUGGAGCAAAUUAGCAUUUAAUAUUUGUUGAUGACAACACAUCUCACAAUAACCAUUUCUCCUUCUUAUAGAAGAAGCUAGGUAUCUUUCUCCCCAAGAAAUAAAAAUUUAAAUAUCACUGUACUGCCAUUUGUAGAAGUGAAACUCCUUCCUUCUAUGUUGAAAGCUAAUAUAUUACAAUUUGAUUAUAUUAAAAAAUCUUAUUUUCUUGUUAUA